AGCCCUCAGCACACAAGGAGAUAGCUACUUGUAUGGAGAGCAGCUUCUGGGUACAGCUCACAGAGAAGGACGCUCUAGGAGAGCAGAAUUGGGGACAUAGGAAGAGCCAAGACUAUCUAAAGCUGCUUACAAGUGUAGGCAAAAUGAAGGUGACACUGGUGCAUCUGUUGUUCAUGAUGUUGCUGCUGUUGCUAGGCCUAGGGCUGGGGCUGGGCCUGGGCCUUCACAUGGCUGCUGCCGUCCUGGAGGAUCAGCCACUGAAUGAAUUUUGGCCCAGUGACUCCCAGAAUACUGAAGAGGGAGAGGGCAUCUGGACCACAGAAGGCCUGGCACUUGGCUACAAAGAAAUGGCACAACCUGUCUGGCCAGAAGAGACUGUCCUCAGUGAAGAUGAAGUGGGGGGAAGCAGGAUGCUGAGGGCUGAGCCCCGCUUUCAGAGCAAACAAGACUACCUUAAGUUUGGCUUGAGUGUCAGGGACUGUAAUACCAUGAUGGCACACAAGAUAAAGGAGCCUAAUCAGAGCUGCAUAAACCAGUACACAUUCAUCCAUGAGGACCCAAACACAGUCAAAGCUGUCUGUAACGGUUCACUGGUUGACUGUGACCUCAAGGGGGGCAAAUGUUACAAAAGUCCCCGGCCUUUUGAUCUGACACUGUGCAAAUUGGCCAAACCAGGCCAAGUCACUCCCAACUGUCACUAUCUGACUUACAUAACCGAAAAGGUCAUUUUCAUGACAUGCAAUGACAAGAAACAACUGGAGACUAAAUGAAGCACCUUGUGCCUUUCCCUUCUCUUCGGCUCGUUGCCUCUCUUCUCUUGCGUUUCCAUUUGCUGAUGCUUCUGUCCCCUCCUUGGUUUUUCUAACUAUAGAGAAGAUCCUGGGAGGAGAGGAUGGACCAUCACUGAUUUUUGACUUCUGAAAAUAGAAUUAUUCUUUGUAUUGGGGUUGGGGGGGAGGGUCAUCCAACGUGCAUUUUUGUUCUGGGGGUCCGAAAUGGCAAAGAAUGAUGCUUAGUUUUUCCUAGAUAUCUCUCACCUUCAAUCCCUGUCCUACAAAGGCCAAACUCUAGACCCUACCUUAGCCAUGGUCAUCAGCCUGAUCCCUGGAUUGAGUACACCUUGGGUGUAGACUAGAAGAGUUUAAUGCCUCCUUUAUCUACCUCCUUCCCUGCUACCUACAUAGGGACUCUACAUGCUCCCUACUUGUGGUAAUCACAGACUCCUGGGCCCUGCAACACACUUCUCUGCUGCAGAUGCAACUAAAGCCAUUCAAUCUAGGACUGUGUCUGGAAAGCCAUGUGGCUAGGCUUCUCUUUUCCUGAGCCUGGAAAAUCGUAGAGCCUGCUGUGAGGUGGUGUAGGCAUAGGCCUGAAAAUCAAGCGUGCCCUUCUCCCAGCCUUGAGCAGGCUAAAUAGACCUUAAGUGUUCGCCACAGUUGGACCUUAAUGACCCAGGUGGAGUCAAUUUCCUACAGGAGUCGGCUGCUGGCUGAGCUUGCUUUACAAUAUAAUCCAGCUGAAACAAAGCAACCCAAUCCAGCUGAAACAAAGGAUGGGUCUGUUGGCUUUUCCUAUAUAAAUGCAGUGUGCAGUGCUGACUAUUAAACUUUGAGCCUUGAUCAG